AUGGGUAGACAAACCCUAGCUUCUUCAUUUUCAUCCACCAGCGGCAGCGGCGGCGGCGGCGGCGGCGGCGGCUCUAUCAGUCCGCCGCCGCUGGAAGACGCGUGGUAUAGUACUUACCUGAAGCUGCUUCCUCAAUGGCAGUCGCUAUGCUCGGGUAGCCAGCAAAUGAUCCGUAUCGAGAUAUCUAGAGUAAAUCAGUUUGAUGCUGCUCGUCUAGAUGUUGAAAUGUCGGCCAUGUUGAAAGAACAGUUGGUUAAAAUAUUUUCUUUGAUGAAGCCAGGAAUGCUUUUUCAAUACGAACCCGAACUUGAUGCUUUUCUUGAGUUUCUUAUAUGGAGAUUUUCCAUCUGGGUUGAUAAGCCUACUCCUGGUAACGCUCUCAUGAAUUUAAGGUAUAGAGAUGAACGUGCAGUUGAAGCAAGAGGAAAAGUUAGAACGGGACUCGAAGGCCCAGGAUUAACUGUUUCUCAGAAAAUUUGGUACUGUAUUGCUUCAGUAGGUGGUCAGUAUAUUUGGGCCCGCCUUCAAUCAUUUUCAGCCUUCCGUAGAUGGGGCGACACAGACCAGAGGUCUAUAGCUCGUCGAAGUUGGUUUCUGCUACAACGCAUAGAAGGAUUUUACAAGACUGCAUCUUUUGGAAACCUACUCCUAUUUCUUUUGACUGGAAGAUAUAGGAGUCUUAUUGAAAGAGCCUUACAGGCAAGACUAGUCUACGGGAGCCCUCAUAUGAACCGAUCUGUAAGCUUUGAGUACAUGAACCGGCAGUUGGUAUGGAAUGAAUUCUCGGAAAUGCUGUUGCUGCUGCUUCCUCUUUUAAAUUCAUCAUCUGUUAAAAAAAUUCUCAGUCCGUUCUCAAAAGAUAAAUCUUUUAACUCCGAAGGAGAUGAUGCAUUAUGUCCCAUCUGUCAGACGACCCCUACCACUCCAUUUUUGGCAGUCCCAUGUCAGCACAGGUACUGCUACUACUGUCUUCGAACGAGGUGUACUGCAGCCGUGUCCUUCCGGUGCACCCGAUGCAAUGAGCCGGUUGUAGCUAUGCAACGACACGGAG